ACAUACACAUACACACACUCUCAGUGUUUCAGCCAGUAGCGCUCCACUACUGUAUGCCACAGCAGCAGCCAGCCAGCGAGUGAGCGAGAGAGAGAGCGAGAGAGCGAGCGAGAGAGGAGCCCGGAGGAGGGGAAAAAAAGUGUGGACUGGACGUGAAGAAGGGAAGGAAAGAAGGGAAAGGAAGGAAAGAAGGAAGGAAGGAAGGAAGGAAAGAAGGAGGAAGGAGGGGGGAAAGAGAAAGACAGAAAGGUGUGUGAGGAACGGGAAGCGAGGGAGAGGACCCGCGGGCGGCUCUUCCGAGGCAGCCGGAUCGGAUCUGCUCCGUUAGAAGAGGUGUUUGAGUGGCGUGUGCUGUUGGAUCUCUCGUGACCCGCCGGUGGCGCUAUCACUUUGAGAAAAUGGCCUCGCUUUGAACAUCUCUACCUACUGUGGAUGCUCCGAACCAAACCAAACCAAACCAAACCCCGCUACAGGGCUUCAUAGCUUUGACAAGCCCGGGAAAUACCUGGAAUUCUAGGGCUGCAUCAUUGGAAGCCCUUCGCCAAAGGGACUUCCUUUUAGUGCCCAGGCACUGGAUCUGAAAGCUUUAUCUUCUUAUACUUCAGUCUUAUUCUGAAUUCUGAACAUACCAAAAUAAUAAAAAUAAAAAAACAAACACGAAAGCUUUAACCAGAGGAGACGUGAUAGCCUCGGCUGGCCUUCUUUACCAAAAAAAAAAAACACCCAAACACCCACCGACCAAACAACCAACCAACCAACUGCCACCGCGAGGGUUGUGACCUUUUCCGGCGCCUGGCUUCAAACGGACACUUGAAACGAGGGACACGGUCAGAGAGGGGCUUCCGAGCGGCGGCGAAUCGAACCAGCCGAACCAAAAACCACAUCAGGCCUGGAUGCGAUGAACGCCUCAUGUAGGCAUCAGCAUGGACAGCUGUGAGUCUCCCGUGGUUUCUGGGACAGACGAUGGGCUCAGCUCCUCCACCACCCCCCAGCAGCAGCAGCAGCACCCUCCUCAACCCUGGAACGAUCACCCUAGUGCACAGGUCACUCCCUGCAACCAGUCCACUUCCCUGGAGCCCUUGUCUCUCUCUCUACCCUACUCCCAGCUCCAGAACCCCAGCACGGCCCAUGAGGCCGUGAGAGAGCAGCAGCAGAAGAAACAGCAGCAGCAGCAAACACGGAACCCACAACAGGCUCCCAACGACAGCUCUGCCAGCGGCCAACUGCCCCUCAGAAGAGAGGAAUUGGAGGAAGAGGAGCAGGAGGCAGUGAGCUGCGGAGAGGACGACGAAGAUUUGGAGGACUUGGACGAGAUGGAGAUUGACAGCUGUUUCCCAUCUCUGCAGCCCUUCCCAGGUAUGCCCAUGGCUACAGUCGGAGGGGGCAUGCCCACUCUCCUGCGGCAGCAGCCCACUCGGCGGAGGGAUGCCACAGAGAGCGCAAGUGAAGAAGGAGAGGAAGAGGAGGAGGAAGAGAGCAGCGACGUGGAGAACCUAGCUGGGGAGAUAGUCUACCAGCCCGAUGGCUCGGCCUACAUUGUGGAAAGCCUCAGCCAGCUGAUCCAAAGUGAUGGGGGCAUGGCCUCUGGCCUGCUUUCGUCAAAUUCUCUCCCUGGUGGGGGUAAGCCAGGGGAACCUUCCGGCACCUCCUCGUCGGUGUACCCUCAGAUCAUCAACACGUUCCACAUAGCCUCAUCUUUUGGGAAGUGGUUCGGCCCCUCAGACCAAGGUUUCCCCAAUACCUCAACCCCGGCAGGCCUCAGUCCUGUCCUGCACAGUUUCCGCGUCUUCGAUGUGCGGCACAAAAGCAACAAGGAUUAUCUGAACAGCGACGGGUCUGCCAAGAAGUCUUGUGUAUCCAAAGAUGUUCCCAACAAUGUGGAUUUCUCCAAAUUCGAUGGGCUCGCCCUUUACGGUAAAGGCAAGCCCAUCCUCAUGUGUUUUCUCUGCAAACUGUCCUUUGGUUAUGCUCGCUCCUUUGCCACUCAUGCCGUCCACGACCAUCGCAUGACCCUGUGUGAGGACGAGCGUCGGCUUUUGGGCCACAAGCACGCGUCAGCCAUCAUCCAGGGCAUCGGCAAGGACAAAGAGCCACUCAUUAGCUUUCUGGAACCAAAAAACAAAAGCUCUCCCCCACCACCCACCUUAGUGCCCAUGAACUCAGGCCAGAGCUUCUAUGGCACAUUUAGUGGAGUCCAUUUAGAUGGGGGGAGCAGUAGUGGAGGAAGUGAAGGCCUCCUCAACAAAGACUCUGAUUCGGGUCUCCAGCAGCAAGCCCUCCUUGCCCUAGGAGGCCUUGGAAGUCCCAAGACACCUUCUCUUACCUCAACCCCAGGCCCUGCCAAAGACUCCAGCACUCUGUCCAAAGCACAGGGAGGGAGAACAGAGGGGCCUAGGGGGAAAGAGGGGACUCGUAGAGGGCAGGAUAGGGACAUGGAGGCCCGUGCAAGCAAAGCCCUCCUUCACGGCGAAGAUAUGGCCUCGGAGGAAGAGGAGGAACUUCUUUUAGAAGAAGAGGAGGAUGAGGUGGAGGACGAAGGCACUGCGGUGGCCUGUGGCGGCAGUAGUAGUAGCAGCAGCGGCGGACAAGUGGGUGAACCGGCUGUCUCAAACCAAAGCAUUUCCAAAUCUCCUUUAUUAAUGCCUAGUAGCGCUCUCCAGCCUUCUGCCUGUCCUUCUGCAGCCAGCCCCACGCUGAACAGCAAAGCCCCGACUUCCAUGUCCUCUUCCUCCAUCAGGGGGUCAGAAGAGGGGAUGGCUGCAGAUGGUGGGGGGAGGACUUCGGAGCUCCCUCUGAGCUUUAACUGCCAGGGGCCCACUGUCCCCAUGGCGAUGGCGGCAGCUGCCAGCAGAGGGGGUGAGGAGGACGGGGCAGGGACUUCCUCUCCUCUUGCCUCCAAUGCCGCCGCUGACGAAAGUGCCAAUCGAGAUAGUGCCACAGCUCCUGAACCAAAUGAAUGCCCAGCAGAGGGGGAUGAGGACAGCAGUACCCUCCUGCACCACCACCACCUCCACCAUCAUCACCACCACCCGCACCCUUCUCCUCACUCCCACCCCCACUCCCACCACACGGGGCCCUGCGACUUGUCCGGGGUGGGCGAGUGCACGCAGAACCACGGUGCCGGGGCCAGUGGAGGCAGUGGGGUCGAGUGCCCCAAGUGCGACACCGUCUUAGGCUCGUCGCGUUCCCUGGGCGGCCACAUGACCAUGAUGCAUUCGCGGAACUCAUGUAAGACGCUCAAGUGUCCCAAGUGCAACUGGCACUACAAGUACCAGCAGACCCUGGAAGCUCACAUGAAGGAGAAGCACCCGGAUUCUGGGAGCUCCUGUGUGUACUGCAGUAGCGGACAGAGCCACCCGCGCCUGGCCCGUGGUGAGAGCUACACCUGUGGCUACAAGCCCUUCCGCUGCGAGGUCUGCAACUACUCCACGACCACCAAGGGCAACCUGAGCAUCCACAUGCAGUCGGACAAGCAUCUCAACAACAUGCAGACGUUGCAGAACGGAGGCUCCAUUCCAACGGCCAGCGAGCAGGUGUUUGGGCACGCACCCGGCAGUGUGGUGGCUGUACCAUCGGCCACUCAGGCUAGCAGUCACCAUCCGAGCCACCACCACCAUCCAGCCCAAUCCUCCACCCACAUGGCUGGGCCCUGUGGUGCCCCCUCCCCCACCAAGCCCAAGAGCAAGCCCACUUGGCGCUGUGAGGUGUGUGACUACGAGACCAAUGUGGCCCGCAACCUGCGAAUCCACAUGACCAGUGAGAAACACAUGCACAACAUGAUGCUUCUCCAGCAAAACGUAACCCAGAUGCAACAUGGCCGUCUGGGUCUGGGGGCCAUGCCCUCACCCUCUGAAGCAGAGCUUUACCAGUACUACCUGACUCAGAACAUGAGCCUUCCUCCUGGGCUAAAGAUAGAUCCUUCUGGAACCGAUGCCCAGUUCCUGCUUGGAGGAUUCCACCUGGACCCCAAUAUGGCUGCCUUGGCCCCAGCACUAGUAGGCGGAGACAUCCCCAUGGAUGUGCGUCUCGGCGGAGGCCAACUGGUGUCUGAAGAACUCAUGACCCUGGGCGAGAGUCUUUCCCAGACCAGUGACCCUUCGCUCAAGCUCUUCCAGUGUGCCGUGUGCAACCGCUUCACAACCGACAACUUGGAUGUGCUGGGCCUGCACAUGGGCGCCGAGCGCACGCUACCCGAGGACGAGUGGAAGGCGGUGGUGGGCGACUCUCACCAGUGCAAGCUGUGCCGCUACACCACACAGCUGAAGGCCAACUUCCAGCUGCACUGCAAGACCGACAAGCACGUGCAGAAGUACCAGCUGGUGGCCCACAUCAAGGAGGGCGGGAAGGGUAACGAGUGGCGCCUCAAGUGUGUGGCCAUCGGCAACCCCGUGCACCUGAAGUGCAACGCCUGCGACUACUACACCAACAGCCUGGAGAAGCUGCGCAUGCACACGGUCAACUCGCGGCACGAGGCCAGCCUCAAGCUCUACAAGCACUUGCAGCAGCAUGAGAGUGCGGUAGAGGGGGAGGCGUGCUACUAUCACUGCGUGCUGUGCAACUACUCCACCAAGGCCAAGCUGAACCUGAUUCAGCACGUGCGCUCCAUGAAGCACCAGCGCAGCGAGAGCCUGCGCAAGCUGCAGCGUCUGCAGAAGGGCCUGCCUGAGGAGGAGGAGGACCUGAGCGCCAUCUUCACCAUCCGCAAGUGUCCCUCCGGCGACACAGGAGAGCUGAGUGAGGAUGUGGAGGCUGCCAGCGAGACCACCACAGACCAGGAGGACCAAACCAAAGACAGAGAGAGUGGGGGGGAGAAGGAGCUUACCAAAGGCGCAGCUGCAGCAGCCAGCCAGUCCGAGAGGGAUCAGACGGAGUCACCGAUCCCCUCCAAGAGGCCUUCCUCAAGGUCCGGGGCUUCAGAGAGCCCCCUCUCUUCCAAACGUCAGAGGACGUCCGAGAAGAGUGCUGGAGAGCAGAUGUACCAGUGCCCUUACUGUAAGUUCACGAACACAGAUCUGAACCGGCUGAGGAUGCACGUUAUGACCCAGCACUCUGUGCAGCCCAUGCUGCGGUGCCCACUGUGCCAGGACAUGCUCAACAACAAGAUCCACCUGCAGUUCCACCUCACGCACCUGCACAGCGUGGCCCCGGACUGCGUCGACAAGCUAAUAGCCACUGUGGCAGCUUCUGAGGCGUUGCCAGCAAGCAUGUUCAUACCAGUCCCUGGACCGGAGAGAGAGUCUCAUAAUACAUCUGUGCCCAACUCAACCUCCGAAGACACAAAGAAACAAAUGGUUACAGAGACUACAGACAUUGAGCCUGAAAAAGGAAUUUCGAUGACUACGGACAUAAUUGAAGCUCGCAAGUCACCUCUUGAAGAUCAGCAGCCUGCUAGAGAAGACCCUACUGGAUUCCUAUGCUGGAAAAAGGGCUGCAACCAAGUAUUCAAAUCGUCCAACGCCCUACAGAUGCACUUCAACGAGGUCCACAACAAAAGGCCGCAGCUGCCAGUCUCGGAUCGUCACGUCUACAAGUACCGCUGCAACCAGUGCAGUCUAGCGUUCAAGACGAUAGAGAAGCUGCAGCUGCAUUCCCAGUAUCACGUUAUCCGAGCGGCCACCAUGUGUUGCCUGUGCCAGCGGAGUUUCAGGACCCUGCAGGCCUUGAAGAAACAUCUGGAGACUAGUCACCUUGAACUGAGUGAAGCUGACAUUCAGCAGCUCUACGGAGGAUUGCUAAUGAAUGGAGACCUGAUGGUUAUGGGUGACCCGUCACUCGGAGAAGACCAAGGAGGUCUGCUUGAGGAUGAGAAAGAAGGAGAGGAAAGUGAUCCUGAGGAAAAACAGAGCCCAACAGGCAGUGACUCGGGAUCCUUGCAAGAGGAUUCUGGAUCAGAGCCCAAGCGAGCACUGCCAUUUAGAAAAGGCCCCAAUUUCACCAUGGAGAAGUUCUUGGAUCCUUCUCGCCCUUUCAAGUGCACAGUCUGCAAAGAGUCUUUUACCCAGAAGAACAUUCUUCUGGUGCAUUAUAAUUCUGUAUCGCACUUGCACAAGGUCAAGCGUGCUCUGCAGGAAUCCACCACAGGUCAGCCAGAGCCAACCAGCAGCCCCGAUAACAAGCCCUUCAAGUGCAGCACUUGCAAUGUCGCCUACAGCCAGAGCUCCACGCUGGAGAUCCACAUGCGCUCCGUCCUCCACCAGACCAAAGCCAGGGCGGCCAAGCUUGAAGCAGCCGGCGGCAGCUCCAGCUCAGUCAGCAGUGGCAGCGCAAGUGGAGGCACAUCCAACAGCACUUCUACCCCGAGCCCCGUCCCACCCACCAACUCGACAACCAGCUCCAGCAACAACAGCUGUUCCCCAGCAAGCGUUCAGACAGCGCACAGCAUCUCGGGAGGAAACCACCUGAGCCAGUCUCACAGUCUUGAGAGCAUGUCUAAUUCAGCCUGUCAUCCUUCUCCCUCCGAGAACCAGGAGGCAAAGAAAAAGAAAUUUGCUGACAUGCUGUCCUCAAGAGGCCACCAGCAGCAGCUCCAACAACAGCAGCAGCUGGCUCAGGCUCAAGCACAAGCCCAGGCCCAGCUCCAGCAGGAGCUCCAGCAGCAAGCUGCCCUACUUCAGUCCCAGCUCUUCAACCCCCUACUACAGCACUUCCCAAUGACAACAGAUGCUCUUCUACCACUUCAGCAGCAGCAGCUGCUGUUUCCUUUCUAUAUUCCCGGGGCUGAAUUUCAACUGAAUGCGGAAAUGAACCUGAACAGUUCUGCGCUGAACUUAAGUGGCUCUGCUGCAUCGCUGUUGGAGGAACAGAAGAACCAGGCCCAGCAGGCCCAACAGAGCUGCCUACAGCAGCAGCUGAUGCACCACCACCUUCAGCAACAGCACCAAGCUCAUUCCCACUCCCAGGCCUCGAGCCAAAUGGCUUUACUUCAGCAGAGUGCGUCUCUUGCACACUCAGUAGAGAAAAAACCAAAGGCGAUUGUUCCUCAUACUGAGAAGGACAGAGAGCUGCCAAAGGAUAAAGACAUGAAUGACAAAGCCGAGGAUCACGUUCCAAAGGAUAUCUCAGACAAUUCAAAGUCCAAAGAGAAGAAAGAUGUUCCACAAGCUAAUGUAGCUAAUGUGAAUCAGGACCCUGGAUUCCCUCCACCACGAAUCGCAUCAGAUGCUCGUGGUAAUGCCACCAAAGUGCUAUUGGAGAAUUUUGGAUUUGAAUUGGUGAUUCAGUACAACGAGAACAAACAGAAAGCUCAGAAAAAGCCCGGAGCUGUUCCUGGAUCAACCGCUCCAGGUGGCAUCACUAGAGUCGUUGACCCCGUUGAGGGACUGGAGAAACUGGAGUGCGAGGCCUGUGGUAAACUCUUCUCCAACAUUUUGAUUCUGAAGAGUCACCAGGAGCACAUCCAUCAGGCCUUCUUCCCAUUUAGAUCGCUAGAAAGAUUUGCCAAGGAGUACAGAGAACAGUAUGACAAGCUGUACCCGCUAAGACCACCAACACCUGAGGCUGCUCCUCCCCCACCACCCCCUCCUCCCCCACCACCACCACCGCCUCCACCUCCACAGAGAGCACCAACCCCAAAUAUACCCGUCUCUACACCUGCGCUCACUCCUCCCACUGUUUCAACUCCACAAGGUCCACCUCCAGGCCCACUUCCCCAAAUUCCAAUGGCGAUGGAUCUUCCUCUGUUCUCUCCACUCAUGAUGCAGCCUAUGUCUCUCCAAUCGCUACCGUCUCAAAUCCCUGCUCAGCUGCCAUCUGUUGAACCUGGUUUGGCCACUGAUCUUGCGCAGCUGUAUCAGCAGCAGCUGACGCCAGCGAUGCUGCAGCAACAGAAUAAGAGGCCUCGUACUCGUAUCACAGACGACCAGCUGAGAGUUCUGCGACAGUACUUUGACAUCAACAAUUCACCAAAUGAGGAGCAAAUAAAGGAAAUGGCAGACAAGUCAGGAUUGCCACAGAAAGUCAUCAAGCACUGGUUUCGCAACACUCUUUUCAAAGAGCGUCAACGCAACAAAGACUCGCCCUAUAACUUUAACAAUCCACCUAUUACCACCUUGGAGGAUGUCAAAAUUGAUUCCAAGCCACCGUCCCCUGAACCCCUUAAACAUGAGUCCUGUGGCAGUAAGAGGUCCUCAAGAACUAGGUUCACAGACUACCAGCUGAGAGUACUGCAAGACUUCUUUGAUGCCAAUGCUUACCCUAAAGAUGAUGAGUUUGAGCAGCUAUCUAAUCUUCUGAGCCUACCCACUCGAGUCAUUGUUGUAUGGUUUCAGAAUGCCAGACAAAAAGCUCGUAAAAAUUACGAGAACCAGGGAGAAGGAGUGAAAGACGGCGAGCGACGUGAGCUGUCCAAUGACCGAUACAUUCGCACUACCAACUUAAACUAUCAGUGCAAAAAGUGCAGCCUGGUCUUCCAGCGCAUAUUCGACCUCAUUAAACAUCAAAAGAAGCUUUGUUACAAAGAUGAGGAUGAAGAAGGACAAUAUGACAGUCAAAAUGAAGACUCUCUAGAUCUCUCCCAUGAAUACUACACUCCUUCUGGGUCAUCAGGUCACACACCAAUGCCAUCCUCUUCAAGUCUCUGUCCUCUUCCACCAUCAUCUUCUUCGUCGUUCUCUCACAUGACAUCUUCCGAGAAGGUCGAAGCCGCCCCCGCGAGCACAUCGAACACCUUUGAUGAAAAGUCCAAAAACUCUGCAGAAACAUCCCUGGCUCAAAGAGAGCAGGCCACAGUGAAACAGGAAAGCAGCAGUCACCGGCCUGAGACUCCACAGCAGAGACCACCACGAGAGGAAAAGGUUCACGCAGCACCAAAGAACACAAAACUUUCUUCACCUUCCCUCUCUCAGCAGCAACAGCACACUAGUGCUUCAGCCUCAGUUUCUCACGCCAGCCAGACUGCCUCCCAAAGUUCUCUCAUGGCUCUCAGUUCUCAUUUAGCUUCUGCUUCGCAGCAGCAGCUGGCCCAGCAGAUGAUUCCCUACCAGUGUGAGCAGUGCAAGCUUGCCUUUCCCUCUUUUGAGCAUUGGCAAGAACACCAGCAGCUUCACUUCCUGAGUGUUCAGAACCAAUUUAUUCACCCCCAGUUCUUGGAUCGCUCAAUGGACAUGCCUUUCAUGUUAUUUGACCCUAGCAAUCCUCUGCUUGCUAGCCAGCUACUGGCUGGAGCUUUGCCACAAAUACCAAGCAGCUCUGCCACUUCUCCGUCAACACCUACAUCGACCAUGAACUCCCUAAAGAGGAAGCUGGAGGAGAAAGCAGGCACAAGUCCUGGUGAAAAUGACAGCACUAAUAGUGGGGAAGAGCCACAAAGAGACAAACGUCUUAGAACCACUAUUACUCCUGAGCAACUUGAGAUCCUGUACCAGAAAUAUUUACUAGACUCCAAUCCCACCCGAAAAAUGCUCGACCACAUUGCUCACGAGGUCGGGCUCAAAAAACGAGUGGUGCAAGUGUGGUUCCAAAACACCAGGGCCAGGGAAAGAAAAGGGCAAUUUCGGGCCGUUGGGCCAGCUCAAGCACAUCGGCGCUGCCCCUUCUGUCGUGCCCUUUUCAAGGCUAAAACUGCUCUAGAAGCCCAUAUUCGUUCACGGCACUGGCAUGAGGCAAAGCGUGCUGGGUACAACCUAACACUUGCUGGUUUAGUAUCCGACCAGGAGGGCAUGCACUUGAAAAUGGACCCUCAGGAUCUUGCUGUCUACUCCCAUAUGGCUGCUUCUAACAACGAUGCCCAGUGCUCAUCCUUGUCACCUGUUAGUAAAACCAUGGAUUUGUCUCCAAGGGCACUUUUAAGUCCAACAUCUAUCAAAGUUGAGGGAAUGGAGGAGUUUGAAAGCCCAACCAUGUCUUCAGUGAACAUGAGUUUUGACCAGAACAAGCUUGAUAAUGAUGACUGUUCGUCUGUGAACACUGCGAUCACUGAUACCACCACAGGUGAUGAGGCUAAUGUCGACAAUGACAGCGCUGAUGCAAAGCACGGCCACAACAGCGGAGAUUACUUGUCCAAGUCUGGUGGAACAAUACCGCUCUCAUCUCUCGAAAAUGAUGACCAGAUGUCUUCAGGACUUGUGAGCCCUGCGACAAGUUACUACGCGAAAGACUUUGAAAAUGAAAAUAUGGUGGAUUACAGUGAGACGUCUAGUUUGGCUGACCCUUGCUCACCAAGCCCUGGGGCAUCUGGAAGUAGAAGCAUUGACAGUGGUGACAGACCUGGUCAGAAGCGCUUCCGAACCCAAAUGACUAACCUCCAGCUGAAAGUGCUCAAGUCCUGCUUCAGCGAUUACAGAACUCCUACCAUGUUGGAGUGUGAGGUACUCGGCAAUGACAUCGGACUUCCGAAAAGAGUUGUCCAAGUCUGGUUCCAGAAUGCUCGUGCUAAGGAAAAGAAGGCUAAGCUCAGCAUGGCUAAACACUUUGGCAUCAACCAGACCUCUUAUGAGGGACCUAAGACGGAGUGCACUUUGUGUGGAGUUAAAUACAGUGCACGCCUCUCGGUGCGGGACCACAUCUUCUCCCAGCAACACAUAUCCAAGGUAAAGGAUACUAUUGGGAGCCAGCUUGACAAAGAGAAGGAGUAUUUUGACCCAGCCACUGUUCGUCAGCUCAUGGCCCAGCAAGAGAUGGAUCGCAUCAAGAAGGCCAAUGAGGUCCUGGGACUGGCACAACAACAAGCCAUGCAGCAACAAGGGAUGUUUGACAGUCCUGCCUUGCAAGCCCUGAAUCUGCAGUCAGCCUAUUCAAAUCUGCAAGGAAUACCCCCUGUCCUCUUGCCUGGUGUUGGAAGCCCUUCCCUUCCGGGCUUUAACUCUUCGAAUUCAGCUUUAACCCCUCCGAAACCUCCAAACAUUCUGAACAUGCCUGGUGCCAGUGUACCUUCACCCAGUCUCCCCACAUCUGGUUUACCCAACAAGAUCCCCUCCUCUUCCUCCUUGGCUUCACCCAGCCCAGCUCAGGCCAGCACUUCUGUUGCCCACUCAAGUACUACUACCACAUCCACAUCAAACUCCCUGACCACCCAACCAGGCCCACGGGCUGAUCCUCCCAAAGAGCGUGACACUGAAAGGGUCAGGGAGAAAGAGUCCAAGUCAAAGGAGAAGGCAGAGAAGUCCUCAGCAUCGAUGUCGACCGGAGGAACUCCUGCUCCCUCCACUUCUGCUGCCAGUGCCAAGAAAGAAAAACCAGACACAGCAGUUCCAGCCACCUCCAUGCCAACUCCUGGUAUGGAGUACGUGGUCGAUCCGGCUCAGCUCCAAGCUCUGCAGGCUGCUUUAGCAUCCGAUCCAACCGCUCUGCUUACCAGCCAGUUCCUGCCCUAUUUUAUGCCAGGCUUUUCUCCAUAUUACGCCCCCCAGAUUCCUGGCGCUCUCCAAGGUGGAUACCUUCAGCCUAUGUACGGUAUGGAAAGUCUUUUCCCCUACAACCCAGCUUUAUCACAGGCCCUAAUGGGGCUGUCACCAGGAUCCCUGCUCCAGCAUUACCAGCAAUAUCAGCAGAGCCUGCAGGAGGCACUUCAGCAGCAGCAGCGGCAGCUUCAGCAAAUCCAGCAACCCAAAUCGAGCCAAACUCAAGCCCCUUCUCAGCCCUCGGUGGACCGUAAAGAUUCUGCCAAAGAUUCCGCAAAGACAGAGGAGCAGAAAGGCACUCCCCCAGUCGAUACCUCUUCUUCUCACAAUAACCUAGCCCCUGAGCAGCACGAAGUGGAUGGUAAAGGUGCAGACCCCCUUCUCGACCAAUUCAUUGUCCCCAAAGUUCAGUACCGGCUGGCGUGCCGCAAAUGUCAAGCUGUUUUCAGCAAGGAGGAAGCAGCCAUCAGCCACCUCAAGUCAAUCUGCUUUUUCGGUCAGUCUGUGGCAAACCUGCAAGAGAUGUUGCUUCGGGUCCCCGGCGGUGGCGGUUCAGCCGAGGGCGGCCUCUACGACUGCCUGGCCUGUAACACCACCCUGGACGGGGACAAAGCACUCAGUCAACACCUGGAUUCAGCCUUGCACAAACACAGAACAAUCACACGAUCAGCCAGAAAUGCCAAAGAGCACGCUACUAGUUUAUUACCUCACUCUUCAGCCUGCUUCCCCGAUCCUAACACCGCAUCUACCUCGCAGUCUGUCACUCACCCAAACAACACCCUAUCUCCCCCACCGACAACGUCGAACACCACGCCGUCCUCAUCCGUGUCUGCAUCUUCAUGCUCCUCCUCCUCCUCUGCUGCCCUCCUGAACACCACAGCUGCCAGCAAACCCUGGCCCCAGGCCCCUUUCUCUAGAGCUUUAGCUGGGAAGCCCAAUGCCACUCCUUCUACAUCGUCUUCUUUUCCUCCAGUAUCCUCACCUUCAACGGUUACCUCAAGUUCAUUGAGCACCUCAGGGGUUCAGACCUCGAUACCAACAGACGUCUUUACCGACGAAUCUGACUCUGAUAGCAGUCAGAAGUCAGCGGACAGGCUGGGCAGGUCGGCGGAGGAGCCACAGCAGCCCGGCUGUCUCAAAGACAGCGAUAGUUGUAGUAGUAAUAUGGCUAGUGUAGGAACAGACUCCAUCAGAUUGUAAAAGAGCUUUCGGUGAUGGACAAUAUUUAAAACACACAAAAGACAAAAAAAAAACAAAUAAAACACAGAAGUAAAAAAAGCAGCAAUGUUUAAAAUAUGUUUAAAAGUAUACAAACCAAUUUCAGAAAAGAUGUGUAAAGACUAACUGCAAUUCCAAAGCUUGUAACCAAAAAUUUAAAUGUUAAUGGAUUGUUUUCCCAUAUCAACAUGCUGGUUUUAAUUAAUAACUAAUUUAUUUCCACUCCUCUUUAUAUAUAUAUAUAUAUAUAUAUAUAUAUAUAUAUAUAUAUAUAUAUAUAUAUAUGAGGCACUUGGCUAUCGCUCUAGGGGAAUGCUGUGUUGCAAUUAAUGGACUGCCUCAAGUCAAAUAGCCCCGGAACCAACCUGUCCAUACCAUACAAAGAACACGGAGAGAGCAAGCAGACAACAAGAAGAUAACAAGCUGUCCCUUUCUGCUUGUUACUGUUGUUUGCAUAAGUAUUUUCACCUAAAAUAGUACAGUUACACAAACAAAGCCAGUAUGUACUGUAUGGGAGAAUAGUCUUACAGUUUUCUUGCUGUCUAAGCAUUCAAAUACCAAUGGCUUGCUAAAGAAAAAAAAAGAAUAAUGUAAUGUCUAUUUUAUUCUCAGGUCAACAGCUCACAACCUUUUUUAUGUUACGAAAAUCAUUAUUUUACUCAUUUUGUUCCUUAAAAAAUGGUAAACGUUUCUGUUUUUGUAUUACUUUUAACUGACAAAGUAUUUGGAAGUGAAACUAACUUAAAGACAUAGCUUUCUGGGCAUUCAAAUGGGUAGCUGAACUGCUGGUUGUAAACCUUUUCAAUUUUUUGUCAAUUCUUUCAACAAAAUGGGAGGAUACCUACAAUCCCACUGUACCCAGACACGAAGAGCAUUGCAGACUUGUUGGUGAGGGAUUAAAAAAAGAUAUUAUUUUUGUUGUUUUCCGUUUUGUUUUUUUUUUAUUUUGUUUUUAAAGGAAAAGAACUUUCUGUAUUUAUGAUAGAUAUAAACAUUUUUGGUGUUUAGUAGAUUGUUGCAUUGGAAAUGAAUUUAAACAGUAUGGUAGACUGAAAAAUCUUUGUGUACAUUUAGCUUUUGUAUCGUCCAACCUUAAGGCGCUUCAUUUGAUGUUGUCUUGGUCAUUCCAAUAGACUAGAUUAAGGAGCAGGAACUGAUCUAUACUUUAUUUCUGUCCAAUCAAUCCACAGCUUCUCGGAUUGAUUACGUUCACCCAACUGCCACCGACAGACUUGGCAGAGGUCCCUUCGUUUCGGGAGGGCCUUCUCUCCUUUGCUAGUUGGUGCAGCGCUGACCAAAAGAGAAAAAUAUCGAUAGAGAUCUGGGGGUGUUUUUUUUUUUCUUUUCUUUUCUUUUCAAAAACGGUGAUUAAUAUUCACUUAUAUUUCUGUUACGUUCUCGUGCACUUACAAUUGUCUGACUUUCUUUAUCCCUUUUUCUGUGUCUUUCUGUGCGUUUAUCCCUCCUUCGUUCCUUUGUGUUUUCUCGUUCCCCCCCCCCCCCCCCUCCUCCUUCGCUGUAUUUGUAGAUUUGGAGAGUUUUCUCCUUUUAGCACUACAAAGCAGACGUUGUGUGUUUCAUGCAGUGUGGCUGUGUGGCUGCAGUCUGUUAUAAUGGGCUUUAUUGUGUGUUUUUCCCUUUUUUUUUCCCUCUUUUUCCUCUUGUUUCGUUCGUUGUCAUAGAUGAAAAUGAAAAGAAUAAUAAUAAUAAUUCACGCUUUAAAACGAAAAGAAAAUCCAAAGACUAAACACUUUCACCAUUGGUGCAUAAAGAUGAGAAAAGAGGCUUCUUUAUACUUGAGAAUUUGUUGCUGUUUUUAAGGAAAGAAAAAACAAAGUUUUAGAAUAAAAGGAGUACGCAUCAGAGCUGCCGUCCUCGCCUCUUUGCAGGCGGACCGGCGGCUUUUUUACGUAGAAAAAUACCAAGAAUACCAAAAACCAAAAAAGGACCCUUGUCCUUGCAUUGUGGAGUAGCACCAUUACAGAGCCAUUGCAGUUUGUAAGAUAGAAGUUGAGAAUCUCUUUGUUUUAACUCUUCGGUCACACGAGAUCCAUUACAUUUUUUCAUUUCUUUUCUUUUUGUUCAGAGAAAAUGUAUAAGGUCUGGUCUUUGAGGACAUACGUUUUGCUGCUAAUGUAGAUGAUUUUUUGAGAAGAAGAAGAAAAACCUAGAUGCAUGCUCAUUUCGCUUUUUUGGCUAAGCUUUAAUGAAAGAAAAGAAACAACCAAUAAACCAUCUCCCUGCCUCUGCGACAUCGUUUUAUUUACUCUUCCUUGUUGCAAAAACGGAACUCUGAAGACUGUGAAUAUAUGUUCCAAAGGACAUUUUGGCAUUUUUUUUAAUUCCGUUUUUUUUUUCUUUAUGUUUUUUUGAGCAGACCAACAUCAAAAGCCAAUGAUCUAUCUGUUAUUUUGUUUGUUAGGAACAGACAGAAGAGCAUUCCAAAUAGCACACCUGAGUUUCCUGAGAUUUCUGAUUUCUUACGCAAGGACAGAUUCUUUUCCGUAUUUUUUUUCUGUAUUCUUAAAUUCUCAUUUCUGUAAGGUGACUGUAAGGUGUCAUGUAAUUCUGCCAUCCCAUUAAAUCUUCUCAUUCUGAAGCGUACAGUGCAGGGUUCAGUGCAGUCGAGUUCAAGUCCCUGCGUUGUCCGUUUUUUUUUUUUUUUCGUUUUCUGUCCGUAUUUUCUAUAUUUUUUGUUUUCUUUUUUUUCUCCUCACUUGAAGAAACAGAUCAUCAUGUAAUAGUGGUUACCAAAAAUGUACAUAUUGUAACACAUCUGGUACUUACACGUCUCACUGAUCUUGCUGGUCACUGGUGUCAUCACGCCUCUCCCAUCUAUAACGAGUCUCAGAAGGAAAUAUAAGGCUGUUUCUUUUGCGCGAAACGUGCAAAAAACGUCUGGAGCGGCGGCCUCCCCUCUUGGAUUUAAAAAGAAAAAAAUGAUGAAAAAAUAAUAAAAAAUCACAAAAAUAUAAGCACGUAGGGACUUGCCCCAGGUUUCUGCAGGGUGUAAAGCCAUUUUCAUGCACGAUACUGUUCUAUUACAGGUUUCCAAGGGACAUCUUCAUUCCAAAGCAUCAUAUACGGAAUAAGACUGGAAGAAAACAGUUCGCUCUUUCCGUUUUUCUUUUUCCUUCUUCUUUCUUCUUUUCUCCUGAAGGUGUCCCUUCGGUGUUUCGGAUGGUGAAUAAGGUGUGUGUUUGUUUCUGCCUUUAUGUCCAAAGUGGUCACUCACUCCAAUGAUUGGUUGGGAAUGGUGAAUGAUUGGUUCUGUUUUAAUCGAAUUGUGCCCCACCUAAUCUUUUAAUCUUUUUAGUUUAGUUUAUUUUAAUAUCCUCACCAAAACUACAGAAUAUAUAUUUAAAUUUGUGAAUAACUGCGUAUUUUUCUCUUUUAUUUUUUAUUUUUUGGCCACAGAUGUAUAGCAAGUGUAUUUUGGCCAACACGAUACAUUGCUCAAUCUCGGAAGUGUGUUUUUUAAAGAAAAAAAAAGUGUUACGUCUUGCAGAGCAAUGUGAUCUGGUGUUAAUUAAUGAAUAACUUGCGCAUGCUGUUGAAAAUUAGGUCGAUCUGGUCUGCAAGCUUUCCCACUCACUCUCCUCUCCUCAAUCCUGUUCACACUAAAAAAAAAUAUUGUUCAUAAUUAUUUUUUGAGAAAAGUUACGAUGUAUAGUUUAUUUUUUUUCCAAUGCUCUUGCUUUGACUUUCAGUUCAGACAAUGUCAGACAUUUAUUAUUAUUUUUCCUAUAACUAUUUGUAUUUUAUUUUAAUGUAUAUUAAAUGUUCCUCAUAUACGUAAAUUAACGUUUUAACACCAGCUUUAAAUUUGGAGUCAAUCUUUGUUUGUUUGUUUGUUCAUUCGUUUGUUCGUUUAAUUGUUUAAUUUUCCUGUUCUUACUCUAUAAGACCUGGCCACUUUACGGUGUUUAUCUUUCUUUUUUUGACACUGUUCUUUGAUCUCUUGCUUCCAAAAAAAAAAAUUCAAUCUCUUUUUUUUCUAUUAUUAUUAUAAAUAUUAAUUUUCUGUCUUACGGGCUCUGGCGAGGGGCCAAGUUUGAGGUACUCCUCGCAUGAUUAUUAUUAUUAUAAUUAUUAUUAUUAUCAUCAUCAUCAUCAUCAUCAUCAUCACCAGAAUCACCAUCACCAUCGACUGAACAUCGACUCUGCCAGAAUGGACUGUGUGUGUGUGUGUGUGUGUGUGUGUGUUUGUUUCCUAAGAGCCUUUUAAGACUUUUGUUUCUUUAUUUUAUUUUUUUUCUUCAAUCAUAUUUUUUCAUCAUGUUUCCCACUUUUUAACACAUUUCACACCAAACCGUUGAGUUGAACUGCGUCUUCAGCUGGAUCUUCAGUGCGACGAUGAGGAGGGCGAAAGUUUGGGAACGUUACAAUAAUAAUUAAGUCAUGUGGAUACUGAAUCACUGAGCAGUUUGAUCGUUACUUUUUUUUUUUUUAAAUAUUGUUAUUAUUAAUGUUACUUUCAUUAAAUAUAUGAAUGUGGCCAAAGCAUAAUGCAGUUGGACAAAAAAAAAAAAAAGAAAAGAAAAAAAAAAGGAGAAUUUCAGUUGGUGCCCCUGAUGAUGAGUGUAUAUUUAUUGUGGCACAAACACAAACACGACACACGACUGAGAUACAUCGACUCUCGUUUGGGAUACUUGAUUUUUUUUUUUGUGGACAUUUUGCAAAGAGAGAAAGAAGGCAGGUUUUGCUGUAGAGGUCAUCCUUUUUGCCCACUGUGAAAAAAAAAAAACAUGUAUACAGAUAUAGAUAUAUUUAAAGAAGACAUCGAUUUUUUUCGCUUUUGAUUUUGUUCUAAAUGACAAAGAAGGAAAAACAAAGAGAACUGAACUCUGGGAAGCGUUGGAGAUGCCAGUGAAAGGUCUGAGAAGGCUGUUGUUGGCACACCAAAUCUGGGCAUGGGAGCCAAAGGCAGGGACAAGGCUCGCCUCUGACAUCACGUCAUUAUUUAAUUACUGACUAUUACUAUUUGCCUAUGGGAAUAGACUCUGCAACUAGUGGACGUACGAGGAAUUACGCAGUGGACACCGAGAGGAAUAAUCUGGGUUUCGCUGAACUUCGGUGGCUGGAUCGGCCACGUUUUCCCUCUUCUCUCUCUCUCUCUCUUUCUCUCUUUCUCUUUUUCUCUCCUCUCUCUCGCUUUCCGCAUCUACGCUGAUGGACAUUUUCCACAAACUCCUGAACGGGAGGGGACAGUACCACAUGCCUCUUUUUUCUCCCGGUUCAUGGUGUUGCUACCUGUUUUCAUUUCUUCUUGCUCGUCUCACUGAUGGAGGGAGGGACGGACGGACAGACAGAUGCACGGACGGACAUUCGCAACCGGCAUCGCACGGCGUUGGCCUGCCGUGACACGCAGCCGGCCGAUCUCAUCGACCCAUCUCUAAAAAGGACUUACUGUCGGAGGGGGAGGGGCUUUCCGGGCUGUCGCGCCCGAGGAAGCGGUUCUACACGAAAAAAAGCAACGCAACCAAAAUUAACAACCAAACUUAACAAGCAACCAAACAUGUGCUCCAAACUCAAAGACAAACUGCUACUGGAGCUCCCUGUUCCUUUUGUGACUCCUGGUGCCACAAAUUUUUUUUUAACGCUUUUUGGUUUCGUUUCUUUGGAGAUUUUUUCGUUUUCUUUUUUCGUUUUUUGUUUUCUUUUCUCGAAUUAUUCCUCCUCCGAGCCUCACAAGCACGGCUCAGUGGCUCCAGGUAGCCCACCCGAGGGUAGAAAAAACAGCCUUGCAAUGUACAAAAAAGAGCAAGUUAAACCAAAAAUGUUGUUCUUGAUGUCUUUUCUAUACUGUAGUCUUGUUAGCUUUUUUGUUACUGUAAUUAUAUGAUGAAGAUUUCCAAACUGUACCAAAUUACAUGGAGACUAACAUACAUAAACCACAUGGAACUUCAGACUUUUAAAGAAAAACUUUUGUCACAAAAAACCUUGUUGUCCUAGUUAAGUUGAUUGUAGAUGGUAAUUGAAUAUACUCCUUUGAAAAUAUUUCAUCAAGUAUGUUUCUUGCUCAUUGUGAUACAUUAAAAAGUAUGAGCAUAAAUGCA